GUCUUUUGUGGGCGCGCCGAGCAUAGUUGUGUCAUUCCUUAAAUUCUUGCUGGCCUCCGUUUACUGUAAAGCAAGGGGCAACUUUGCUAAUUCCAGGUGAUUUUUAGAGGAACAAGGAAACUGACGUGUCUAUCGUUGUUUAGCGAUUUGCUGUGAAGCCAGGUAGGUUGCACGCGACUGUAAAAGCUUUCUGUUCAUCUCUUUGAUUCCCCUCCGUCAAAUGUUCCAUCGGUCCGUUGAAUCGUUCGAAUUUUUCUCAUUUUUCUAGAGUUGAGCUUCCGGAACGACUGAUCAAGACAACACUAAGAAGCCUACACGGCAACCAUAAACAGUUGAAGGAGAUUCCCUCCGGUUAAGAUCAUUUUUGUCAGGGCUGUUCUUACAAAACCGCCAAGAUUUCGGACCACGAGGACCUCGAAAUGGCCAACUCGGUCGACGAGGGCAGCGCGACAAAAAGCCCCGUCGACAUGGCAAAUGAUGCCGAAGGAGUUUGGUCGCCCGAUAUCGAACAAUCAUUUCAGGAGGCUCUUGCAAUUUAUCCGCCAUGUGGCCGGCGGAAAAUUAUUCUCUCCGAUGAGGGAAAAAUGUAUGGUAGGUAGCACGUUCUAACCCAUUUGGCGUAGUUUAUUUCAUGGAAGACCAUGAACUCCAAACGUACGUUGAAAGUUUAAAUAUCGCUCGACCCGGAAACCUAAAUGCUCGUUAUCAGCCAGUGUUUUGUACAAGUCAACUAGAUUAAAAAUAUUUCUUACGCGAAACAGGGCUGACUUCUUAAAAAUACAGAAAACAAUGACAACAGUUACCUCGUUUUUCCACGAAGGCAUGGAAAGGACAGUCGCUCGUUUGUUUGUGUGAGAUAAUAUAACUGAACAACGUUGAUCUCGAGUUGUAAUAACUACAUUACUGGCAUUCAUUCUUCGUGCCAGCUGUAUUGCCAGAGUUCAUGAAAAUGUUAGCAUACUUUAAAGGUUUCUUGCGAGCGUCGGAGCAACGAUUUAGAAAUUUAGCGGAUUCGGCGUGGAGAUGUCACGAAUGGCAUAGCUCAACUACGCACAAAUGAAUGCACUAGUCGUAACCAAUUGUUCGAAGUAUGUCGGCUAUGCAUCUUUACAGUUUUUCAUUGACCCUUACCGCAAAGUGAAAAAUAGCGGUUGCAAGAAUAACAUAACAAACUAGUUUUUCUGAGAUUGCGUUGUAAAAAUACCAGUCUUUAGUGGUUUAGAGUCUUGACUAAACCUUUUUUGUGCUAUGAAUUGUCAUGCAAUGAAACUCUAUUUCAUUCUCCGUACAGACUGUAUAAUUCGUUAAGUUCUCUUGGACGUGGGUAUAUUUGGAAGUUAUUUUCCGUUACAAAGUUGGCUAUUUUAUUAUUAAGGAUCUUUCGUUUAUUUAGUUACAGAUAGCGGUAAAAGGACAUUUUGAGGUUUAUGCGUUUGAAACUUUUGUUUCCUCGAAGAACAAAGGCCUUUAUUAUAUCUGAUUAAUAUGCCACAUGGAAGUAUUUUCGCAACAAUAUUGAUCAGCAAUAUUUAAGUUGAAUAUAAGUAUAAAUUAUGAUACUGUUUGAAUCUAAUUCGCUUAAAAUACUUCAAUUAACGUCUUGUAAUAUGUUUAUACGUGGGUUUAUUUUUACCAGCAUUGUGCAUUUUUUAAUUUUAAGAAUGUUUUCUAAACAAAUGCAAUGAUAUCCAUAUUUUUUGAUAUACUGUUUAUUACAGAGACAGUGCUCAUUUUGUUUUGCUUUCUUUCUUUCCUCAACUUGGUAUACGGUUUGGAGAACGAUAUUAUGAGAUGUUUGAAUCUUACACUCCAAGGAGAAACCAACAAGUUUGGAAAAAAAACUCUUAAUUUUUGUACCACAAGAUGGUGGUUUUCUUUGAAUGGCCGUACCUUAAGAUUUUGUCUUAAGGCAAGACUGCCACCAAUGAAGAGUGAGCAAUAAAUAUUAGUGCUCACUAUUGUAUCCUUUCCAAGAACUAACCCUUUGGAAUGUUCAAUUUGCAUUGGAGAUCAAGUUACAAAUCAAAAUUUAUGAGUGUAUAGAUAAUGAGAAAAAUUAAAAGUAAUACCCAAAUUGUUAUCUGAUGUUUGUUUCUGACAUCAUUAUCAAGAAUGAAAACCGUUAAGUGUCAAAGUUUUUAAAAGAGUUGAGAUUUGAAUUCCUUAGAUGGCAUUUUUGUUUGCUUGAUUAUUUAUAAAGAUGCAUGUCCCAAAAGAAUAGUUUCGCUUGAAUCAAGUCUGAUAGAUGAUGACCAUUAAAAAAUGAAGCAAGACCUUGAGCAGUGGAUAUGUUGAUAUUGUAAUAACCAUUAUCAAUGCAUGUCUGUCAGACAAGUAGAAAACAUAGAUCACUUGUUUUGGUGCAUUCUAAAGCUGUUUUAGUACAUCACAAACAUGAAACCUUUUAAGAACCAGUCUUUGAAAACAGGUUGUGUGUUGUAGUUAAAUUAUUGCUUUCUAGUCAAAUCAUUGCAAAUUGCGAACAUGUUUGCUUCCGUGUGGAAUUUAGCCAGUAUCAGCCAAGUUCCCUUACAUUCGCGCCUUGGUUAAAUGUUGACCCUCUAUAAGCCGCAACUUCACCAAAAUGACCUCCUCCCCUCCUUCCAAAAAUUUUCUUGGACAUCAAGGCAAGAGAGAAUGUCUUAAAAAACCUAGGCCUGGCCAGCAGCGGUCCACCUUGGAUGUAAUUGCUACAAACAUGUUAACUUUUCUUUUUUUUGGGGGGGGGGGGAUGCUAGGGUGGGGAAUUGUGUAACCUACACUGUAUGCUAAUUAAAUAUGAUUUUUCUUUGUAACUCAGGACGAAAUGAGUUGAUUGCCCGAUAUAUCAAACUGAGGACUGGGAAAACAAGAACAAGGAAACAGGUAUGUUUUUUUUAUUUUGGGCAAAAAGUGAAAUAUUUUUUUGGAGUGAACACUAGCAUUAAAUUUGGUAGCAUAGUAAUGAACAGAGUAUUAUGCCAUCAGAAAGUGUUAAUGUACAGCCAUAGUCAAAAGAAAAGAAAGUGGUGUUUUAAAGAUUGUUAGCCUAACAGUUUUCCAACAUUCAAUUUGUUUUUUGCAAUAUUUGAUAAACAGUCGACUCUUGAUAACUCGAACCUUUAAGCGAAAGUGAAAACAGUUCGAGUUAUCGGGAGUUCAGGAUAUCGAGAGUUCGAAGAAAUUAACCAGAAUUAAGGAAAUGGGAUGGGGGAGGGAUGUAAGUACAUGUAUCAUUUACACUUCAAUUCAAGGGCAAUAAGAGUUAUAUUGAUAUUUUGACAAGAGAAAUUAAGCAGCAAAGCUUGAUUAAUCAUUACAGUGCUAAACAUUGUUGAUUUGAAUUGGACUGACAAAAAAGCAUAAAGCUUAAAGAGAAAGAAUACUUGGUUGUUUUGAGAGAUAUGUUAUGUUUUGUGCUCCAGUUCACAGGGUUUUUUCGACUUGUCAUGUGCUUAAAACAUGGUUUGAGUUUUUAAGGGUAUAAUUGUAUAGAAAUGGUCUAGAGGGAAACAAAAAUUAUGUUGCGUUAGCAUGAGGUUCGAGUUAUCAAGAGUUUGAGUUACUGAGGGUAAAAUUACAGUAAAUGUAUGAUGGAAAUCUAGGGGAAAUCGAUUUUGGUUCGAGUUAGCGUGACGUUCGAGUUAGCGAGGGUGCGAGUUAUCGGCAGUCAACUGUACUUGUAAUACUUGGAAGACAAUAGUUUGACGUGAAGCUGUGAUUUUAUGAUUCACAUGUAAUGUCUAAAGUCUCUUUGGGAAAAAGGAUGUGUAAUUAGCAUUAUAGACAAAGUAUAAACCAACUGUGAAACAGUUCAGUUAAGGAGCAUCUGUCAUGGAGUCAUUGAUUUUUUUUUCCACUCCACUUAAGCUUUCUCCCCCUUUUUCUUUUUGAAGGGACUUUCUUUUGGUUGGGAACAUGUGUUUAUUUUGAACCAUGGUAAAUGAUGUGUGUGAUCAUGCGGUAAAAUCACUUUCUUACUUCCCUUUGCUGUCGGUCAGUCUUCUAAUAAAUAUAUUUGUAUGAGCUACAUGUAAGUGCUAAAGUGGCCAGAUAACACAAAAUGUAAGGUAUUUUGGAUUUAACAGUUAAAAACAAUACUCUCGUCAGUUGUCUGUGGUAAGUAUUCAUUUCUUUUGUUAUGAUCCAUGCUUUAAUUGCAUGGUAUUUUUCUCGCAACUUUAGUUUGGAAAGUUGUACACUUUAAACCAAGAUCUAAUUUUUUAUUCCAAUAUUUGAUGAUUUCAUAAAAGGAACUGCUUACAAGAGUUAAACUUGACCUAAGUAAAAUCCUGGUUUUCAAAUUGUCAGUGAAACUUUUUUGAAAAGCUAGUUAAACGUGAAGUUCUGUUAUAUUGGGAUUUUGUUUCUUAUGUACUUAGGUUUCCAGUCACAUUCAAGUCUUAGCAAGGAAAAAAGCACGGGAGAUUCAAGGCAAACUUAAGGUUGGUUAAUUUGUUGAUUUGUGUUUAACACAUGUAGGUUUCAAGUCACAUACAAGUGUUGUCAAGGAGAAAAUCCAGGGAAGUUCAUGUGAAAAUUAAGGUUUGUGAAUAAUUUGCAGUUAUUAGUCAAGAUCAGUAGUUAAUUGUGAAGUUAGGCAUGAAUUCAGGCAUGCUGCUGCAGAAUAUGGUCAGAUAUUUCUGGAAAUAAAAGGAGUUGGAGAUGUGAAAUUGACAUAUUCCUGGGAAUGGAUGUGACCAACCAAACUCUCGAGUUAUACUAACUUUUUGUCGUUUUGAAUGGAAAAGUAUUUUUUGCUGGUAAGAAAUUUGUUUUGUAGGCAAGGUUGUCACUUCCGUACUAUAUGUAUGAUAUGGUGUGGUGAUAACAGAGUUAGAGUAGCAGUGUAGUUAACUAAGGCAUAGCUUGGGUUACCUCACUCUUGGAGUAUAGUCAAACCUCUCAGGCAUUUUUCAUUCUGUUUAGUGGGAUUUCAGUUACCAUGGAGUGGGAACACAAGCAAGGAUGGAUAAAAUAGUUAGUUAAUGUAAAAAUCGCUUCAGAUUCUCAUGUUGACCAGAAUUCUUAAAUUAUACACCCAUACAUUAAGAGAGGGAGAGAAACGACCCAUAAACCCCACUGAGUUUUACCAAUUUGAAAGGAAAUCAAGGAAUAAUAUGCCAAGUUUUUUGCUCGCAUGGUUCUGUUAUUCCCUUGAUUACGUGCCUGGCUAACACUCUUUGAGGUAUGGGUCAUCUUCAGCCCUUUAAUUUAACCCAUUUGCCCCUGAGCUGUCCUUAACCGCCUGUGCGCCACAUCCCUUCUACCACUUGUGACAUCAUCAGUUUUAAAGGUCAAAGACAACUUUGUCUGCUAACUUGUGAAGAGUGAAGAGAUCUUUCAAACCAUUCCAGAAUGAGCUCAAUUCAGUCAAGGGGGGAAGAGAAAAUGGCAAAAAACCAUGCAACAUUGAGCUGAAAAUUUCCGUGAAAUCUUGUUUCACUACCUCCCUACAUUUCCUUUCACCUAAUUCUAAGAUCCUAGAAGCUUUCCAAAAAACUUUUCCCAGCAAAAUGAAGCCUACUAAAUUCCCAGCAAAAGAAAAAAGAAUGAGCAAGAAAAGCGAAAAAAGUGGGGCGGAGAGAAAGGGAAAGUAAAAGUCAAAUUGCUGUUUCACUUUUAAACACAAAAAAUUUUUGCUUUCUGCGCAUGCCCGAACUUCACAAGCUUCUGCAUCUGGAUCAGGAGGUCGCAAAGUGUAUAACCUGUAAUGGCUUUUUUUAAGCUCUUUAUAGCCAACAGCGACCAGAAAACUGCUUGACUAGCUUCAAAAUGCAAUUUUCGGCAAAAUUUCCAGGGGCAAAUGGGUUAAUAUGUUUGUACCCUUGGCUUUAAAUAAUUUGCAUAGUACUGUUGAUGUUCAUCUGACUUUUGACCUUGAGACUAGAGUUAUUAUGCAAGCGCUUUGCUUAGCUUUUAAAAUUCUCUUUCGUUUGACCCUGGUGGAACCUCACAACUGUCUGUCUAGUGGUGAAUUCUUGGUGAUUCACAUAGUAAUCUACAUUACACAUAUUGAUGUUUUCCUGGUACCUGUCAAUUUUUUUUAAGAAAUUAAAAAACUCAUGAUUAUUAUGUGUGGUUUUGAACUGUAUUUUUAAAGAAAGGUCAUGAAGUAUGAGAUGAAGAUAUAUUCUGAUGAUGUGGUGAAGGUAUCAAAGAUGCAAUAAGUCCAUGUAGUUUUCACAGAAGCCUCAAUAUUUUGUGUACUUUUAUUUUAUCACUCAGGAUCAAGCGGCUCGUGAUAAAGCUCUACAGACCAUGGCUUCAAUGUCAUCUGCCCAGAUUGUUUCAGCAUCUGUUCUUCACAACAAAGCUUUAGCUGCUGCAGGAAUUCCACCACAAUUCAAUAAUGAAAACCAGGGCUAUCAGGUAUGUGAUCUUCAAAACAUUCAUUUUUGUCCUUCAGCUGUAUUUUAGGUCGGUAUUUGGUCUUCCUUGUUCAUUCUCAAAAACACCCUGUUGCUGUAACUCCUUAAAAGUUGUUUCCGUUUCCAUCAAUCCACACCUUUCAACUCCUUCCUCCUCCACAACUUGGUACUUCCCUUAAGUACACAGAGCUUUCGGAACCCGUCUGGAACCCUAUCUCAGUACGGUGCUGUCACGCAAGAUACUUGGCAGCCCUUGUAAGCAUUUAUACUUGGCAAUGGCAAUGAACUGUGACCAGGGCUAUAACUUUCCCCCAAUUUAUGCAAGGAUUUUUCAGCCCACAUCAAAACAAGGCUGAAGAAGGGAUCUGGAUGGGUUCCCUGUGCUCUGUGUAACUUUCAAGAAAUUGUUGGUGAUGAAGAAUACUUCUCGGUUAUAAACAUGAAUUAUUCUUGUGUUUUUAUUUUUGAGAUCUCUAAAUUUGUAUUAUUUUUUCUAUAGUUGCCUUUAUUUUAUUAUUUGUUUUACAGCAACAAUACUGGCCUGCUGGAGCUGGUCAGCCAGUACCAGGCAGCUACAACAAUGCAUCACAGCCCCCAUAUGACAGUGCAGCAGUCCAAGCCACUGUUCCGGGAAGUGUUGUGUCAACGGCCUCAGUUGCUAGUCCCACUGGGGCUGCCGUCAAUAGCCCUGAUGACAUGGUAAGUUCAUAUUGAAACACAAUGUAAUAGAUCUUGUGAGAUAAUAGCUGACAAUGCCAACACUGGUUCCCCACACAAUGAUGUCGUAAGAAUGAGUGUAGAAAUUCCAUACUGGUGGUAUUGGUUGAAACAAAUUUUUAAUGGAUUGGUGGUAAACAAAUUUCCAUCCCGGCGCGCCCAAACAGAAGUACCACCUGUAUCUGGGUAGUGACAGGUCAUCAGUAUGGGAUUUCUGCAUUUGAUAGUGUUUAAUGGAUGGUUAAUAACCCUUUUUUGCGUCUUCAGAGGAGCAGUUCCUACAGAGGCACAGUGUCUUCCACACCACCAACAUUUGCGGCUCAUGGCAGCUCAUCAUGGCCACCAAUAAAAACUCAAUAUGAACACCAGCUGGUAUGUCUGGCUUUGUUAACAUCAUUAAACUCAGCUAUACUGUAAACAUUUCCAAAUUCCAAUUUUACCAGGAAUCAGGUAGACGAAGAACCACUUAGUGGAUGUGCUACUUCUUCUACAUCAUCAUCAUUAUUAUUAUUAGUGAACUGCGGUCUAUAACCACAGUUACAUGUAUAGGUCCAUUAACCUGUAAACAAAAAAAUAUAUAUCUGAAUAAAGCACCCCCUGAUGUAAGUUCCCAUCUAGCUUGUGUUGAUAUGAAUUUGAUUAUGACAUUUUGAAACUUCAUUAAAAACCAAUCAAUGCAGAAUGUCUUUUGAUAAGCCCUCUGUUUGUAAGCCCUCCUAAAUCCCUUAUGAGCCCAGUGCUUAUAGUAAGUGGCAGUUUAUGGUAGUUUACAUGAUGUUACAUAUCACCUAUUCAUAUAUUAUCAGUUGCAUCGAUUUCUGUACACAUGAUGAAAAACAAGUUGUAAUUUGGUGCAAAGGUGACAUAUUGUGCCGCGCAUAUUGUUCCCUCAACAAAAUUUUCAUCACAAGAAUUUUUAGACCUUAAGAAGUUCUGGAGAACUCAAAAAUAAUUCUUAAAAGUGUGCUGUUUUUUUAACAAGUUAACAAGAACUAUUCCUCAAAGUGGAGAAAAAAUAAUGUUGCUCUUUGGUGUCAACAGAUGUUGAAGCUUAUGGUGUGUCAAUCUGCAUUUGCCACAUUGUACCUUUAAGGAAGUGUCCAUUAGAAUAUUUCUAAUCUUUUUGAUCAGAAAGAGGAAUCAGCAUUUCUAAAGUCCAUUUCAAUCAAAGUUAAUGGUAGAAAAAACUUUAUGAAUUUGAGUAAAUUGCUAUUGAUAAUUUUAGUUAUAUGUAUUUGGAUAUCCAUAAUUAUUCUAUUUUUUUUUUUAUCGUAGCCUUUGCGGUUAGUUGAAUUUUCAGCUUUCCUCGAGCAGCAAAGAAUGGACCCGGAAUCUGUAAGUAGAUCUUCUUACUGUUCUGUCAUUUUUUCUUUUAUAAUAAUUUACAAUCAUAAUUGUUACAGUUCAGUUGCAGUUCAUUAACAAGAUGCAAAAUGCAAAUAAAAUAGUUAAUAAAAGUGCUCUGCAACUUCUUAAGAAUAUUGAUGGUAAUUUUAAAGAUGACUGGAUUUGGGAUGUCUUCAGUUGUAGUAGGUCUUCAAAUUAUUACCUGUGCAAGUUAUUUUACGGUUUGUGUGACGAUUUUUUGGUGGUUUGACUUCAUAAUUAAUCAGGAAUUCCAUAAACUAUUAGAAAAGUGGUUCAAUUUGAAUGUUGAUGAUGUCUAUUUUGUUUUCAGUACCACAAACAUUUAUUUGUUCACCUGGGUCCGAACACUGAUUUAGGGGACCCACAUCUUGAGGUAAGACUUGUACUAAAUCCUGUGAAAGUUCUAUCAGCUAUAAAUUAAAUAGGCCAUUUCCAAGUUGCCCCAGGUCUCUGCUUGGAGAGAAGACUAAGUGUAAUAAAACUCAUUUUCACAUGGCCUUGUUUUGAAAGUGAGGGCAAGUUUUUGGAACUAAGAAAUGGCCUGUUUUCACAAAACAGCAUUGGAAAUAUUUAGUUGUUAAUAUCUCUUAUGGGUUGACUGAACAUGUACUAACAUCGCAUUUUUUUCCAAAACAAAUUUUAGGCAGUUGAUAUCCGACAAAUUUACGACAAAUUUCCAGAAAAGAAGGGAGGCCUCAAAGAACUGUAUGACAAAGGACCACAGCAAGUGUUUUUCUUAGUGAAGUUCUGGGUAAGCAAUUUUUGUAUUCUGGCAUUAUGAUCAGAAUUUCGUAGAUGUUUUAUUUGGCUGCAUUGUGCAACAAUUAAUGCAGACUAGACUUGCAGGCUGGCUUGUCUUGUAAAUGAAAUAAAAACGUUGUUGUGAUAAUGUUAUGUCCUAAAAUUGAUCCCCUCCAUAAGUUUUGAGAUGAGGCGUUUUACACUUAAAUUGCUAGUUAGGUUAACAAGUUUGAAACUUUCCAUCCAUUUUUAACUCGUGGGUACGCGCGAGCGUACCACGAGUUAUUGCAGGGACUGAGAUAUGCAAAUGAGUCACUCACUCACUCGUAGUAGACGCACUUCGUAAUUAAUCGGGUCCGAACUCGAGAGCUCGAAGAUCUAUCGUUUCCAAAGAAGCACGCGCUCGCCGAAGUUCGGAGCAUCAAAUUCCUCGCUGCGAGCAUACAUCGUGCGCUACAGCACGGUUAGGAUAGAGGUCUUACCAAAUUUAAGACAGGCAGGAAUCUUUCAAAUUAGUACGAUUCAAAAGCCUUUGACCCGUCCAGGCGUUAAACUUGACAAGAAGAUGAGCAUUUGCUCUUCCACUCCUUCAACUUCGACGCUGGCUUGAUCUCCUACCUUGUAGUACUGUAGUAGGUUAUGUGUAUGAAUGAAUUUAUGGCGGUCAGUAUAAAACACGGACUUCGGACUACGGACUGCGGACUGGGUAUAAAAUACGGACUAUAAAAUACGGACUGGUGAAAUGUAUGGUAAAUAAAGGCACUUCUUCUUCUUCUUCUUCUUCUUCUUGAGGACUCCCCAAGAUCACGGGGGGAAAUGGAUGUGAGUUUGAGCAUUACCUUUUUAAAAUAACAGCGGAAAUCGAGAUAAGAAAACAUAAGCUAAUGUUUUACGUCCUACUUCGUGGAGGAGUUGUGUCGGCUUUGUAUCGCAUAUGUUCUUUCAUUGCCAUGAAAUGCGUUUAGAUUGUUUUUUACUGUCAGUAGCCUGGUUUCAAUUAGCCUUAAUUUCAUCCCAUUGCUUCGAGUCGUUUUUAUGGCUCGAUCGUUUGCCCCGGUCGUUUGCCGGCGGAAGUUCCAUAGGAAAGGCAUUAAAUUUGAGACUUUUCGCCAAAUCAUGUGACCAUCCUCAAUGGCGUAGUGGCUAUGUGAGGUCGGGUCAAACCGAGGGUACCGGGUUCAAAUCCUGGUAAGGACCGUCUUUUUCCCUUCUUCUUUUUUUUUUUUCUUUUUUGUUUUGUCUUGUUUGCUUAUUUGUUUUGCUGUUGUGUUUUUGUUUUGUUUUUAAAUAUAUACUUAAAUAACUGUUACUAAAGUGCAAUAAACAGCAAGAAAAGUAUUGUGUUUCCAGAACAAGGAUAGUAUAUUUAUAAUAUGAAUUUCUAUCAUUUCCUAAAAUUCACUGUAAGAAAACUAGAGGUGAUAACUAAUUGAUUAUUUCUUAACAACGUACCCACGAGUUGACGAUAGUCUUUCUUUGAUUUGUAUCAUUUUUACAAUCCUAGGCUGAUCUCAACACGAACAUUCAUGAUGGUGCAUUCUAUGGUGUUUCAAGCACGUAAGUGAUAGAAAUCAUAAUUCAUACACUAACUAGUAUAUAAUUAUAUACAUAGCCUUGUUUCAGUGUAGUACAUCCAUAUACAAGCGUAAGAGGGCACAUCCAGAGAAAGGAACUGCAGCUGAAAAUGUGUUCCUAUUGGCCUGGGAUGUGUUGGUCAGCUAUUUUAAUACCAAUUUUUUUCCUCUCCCUUGUAACAGUCCCAGAAUUCUUUGCAAAUUGCAAAACUUAAUUGAACUUAUGCAACUAAAACUCAUUUUCACAAGAAAGGUUUUUCACUUAUUAAACCUGGUUUUGAAAAUGAGAGUUUUUGGAACUCAGAAAUGGUCCGUUUUAAUGGUUUGUUAACCCUUUAAGUCCCAAUAUCCACGUACAAAUUCUCCAACCUGAUCUCGAUAUAAUUCCUUAAAGAAUCGAAUGAGUUGAGAGAAUUUGAUAAAAGAUCAAAGCAGUUUCUCUUAGGUGAUCAUUUUAUUAUUUCUCAUAACCUAAUCUCUUGACAGUGUAUAGAUAUUGUUAGGAGAAAAUUGAUGUUGGUCACUAUUGAGACUUAAAGGGUUAACCUACACUGCAAGCUUCUUCUUUAACUUUCUCAGCCAGAGACAUUUCUCCUCUUUCUGUUUAUGACAUGUUUCUAGAAUACAAUUUAUGUCAGCUCCAUACGAGUAGCGAGACCCUAGAUUAUAAGACUGCUAAUCAGUGAAUUUUUGUAAAAGAUUUUUAACUUCUUCAUUGCUUUCCUUCCAGGUAUGAGUCUAAUGAGAAUAUGACAAUCACAUGUUCCACUAAAGUUUGUUCCUUUGGAAAGCAAGUUGUUGAAAAAGUGGAGGUGAGAUGACACUAGUGGUUGAUCGACUUGGGUUAUAUAUUUUACACCUAGCUCUAGAUUUUUGAAAACGUACCUACAGAAAAUUGCAGCCAUGAUUUCACUGAAAAGAGACCAACAGGGCAAGUAUCUUUCAUUCUGUCAGUGUUAGGUGGUAAUCACAGUAGGGAAGGAAAAGGAGAAAAAAAAAGUAGAGAGAGGAAAGGAGAAAAAUCGAUGGUUGCACUCUUAUUUUUUACUUUGGCUGCUUCAGAGAAAAAGCAACUGAACCUAUUUUAGCAGUAAUUAUGUUAUCAAAAUCCAACUAGAUAUAUUACAUAAAACUUGCAUUGAACACUUAAUGACUGCAUGGUUCUGAGAGAAAUGUUUUCUGAGGCUGAGCUGAAGAAAACAUAAUUGAGAUUCAAAAAAAUAAAUCAAACCAAUUUCUCAAGCCAUACCAGGGUUAGUCAUCAGGUCAUGUUAUUAUAUCCCACAAAGACAAACUUUUAGGUGUAGAAUUUUCUGGAAGUAAAUUUCAGUGGGCUGUUAAGAUUUGCAAAACAUAUUGCUCAGUUACCUGCUGAUGUGGUACAUUUUGCAGUGUUGCCUGCUCAGAAGAACAAAAAGUAGUGACUGAUUCGCUUAGCUUGAGUGCUGUUUGUAACUCUUUUAAUAAUGACAUUGCUCUAUAUUCAAAGGACCUUUGGCCACUUGCAGUACUGAAAAGUGGAUUGUUUAGCAUUUUAGAGUUCCUGGUUGUCCUUGUUGAGAUGGCCAAUCUUUUUAUGAGCUAAGAUUUUUGGUAGGAAACAAUUUUUUUUUAUAUUAAUGUUAUGUGACCUUGAAGAAAUCAAUGAAAGCUCGUGUUGGGGAAACAUAUUCAGCUAUACCCUAUCUAAACAUGGUUUGUUCAGCCCAGGCUGAUGCAGUUAUAACCUUAAAGUAUUUAUAACAACUUGCAUAAGGUCUUUAAACUAUAUAAUUAUUUUAUUUUCUCUUCUCCACAGACUGAGCUUGGCCAUUACGAAAACAAUCGUUUUGUCUACCAAAUUCACAGAUCACCAAUGUGUGAUUACAUGAUCAAUUUUGUUCACAAGCUGAAGCAGUUACCUGAGAAGUAUAUGAUGAACAGUGUACUGGAAAACUUCACCAUACUACAGGUGCGCACAUUGCUGUACAUGCUGCUUAUGGCACAUGAUCAUACUGUUAUCUUUUUAUUGUCUGGAGUACGUACUAAUCUGCAAACAAACUGUCCAUUUUGGAAACCAAAAUUCAAGAUAAGGUACCGGUUGAUCUCCCAUCUCUUUUGUGUGCCUCUUGUGUGUGACCUCUCACAUUAGGGAGCUUAAGCAAUGACGACAACUACAUCAUCGGUUUUACAUGCAGGGAUUUGUCGUUGUAGUUAUCGAGUGGAGAAGUUAUUAUAGAUAGCGGGUGACAAUAAGACUAUGUUAUGCAAUUUUGGCCUUUCUGCUCUGUUUUCUACCAUUAUAAACAACUUUUCAGUAGCAGCAGGUUGUUCUUUACAACUGGUGAGGCCAAACGCAAAUGUUGGCAUAUAUUGUCAUGAUUACAUACUGAAUGACCUAUGGCAAUUUUUGUCCGGUUUGUGAAAGCAGUUAACAUGGUGCUAGGAGACAUGCUGGGAUCUUCCUACCUCUCAGCUAUGCAGAUCCUAGCUGUACUAAGAAGAUCCUAGCACUUAGGGACAAGUACAACCCUUUGUACUAUGUAAACUGAGGACAGAAAACAUGUGGCACUAGCAUGAAGUAUCUGCCUUCUAGGAUCUUCCUGGUGCUAUAGGAUCUUCCUCCCUCCUUUUAAAUAUGCUGCGUAAAAAUUCUUCAUAUACUUUGGCCCCUUUAGCUAAUUGUUAUUGUUUACUGUAGGUUCUGACCAACAGAGAAACCCAGGAGACAUUACUGUGUCUGGCUUUUGUGUUUGAAGUGUCUACCAGUGAACACGGAGCACAGCAUCACAUUUACCGACUAGUAAAAGACUAAACUUCCAAUAGAACAGAUGCUUGACAUGCUAUCUAUUCAAUGUUUACAGUGUCAAAUAUAAUCAUAUGCAGCUGUCACUAAUUUGGUGGAGACCACACAACAACUUCGAGUUUCCUUGCUAUGCUUGCAUUUUUAGCUCAGGUUCAUAACAAAUACAGAUAAAUUUAUGUGAUUAAAUCUUAAAUGGUGACUGAUGUCACUUAGGUAGAUGCAAAUGUGCCUAAAAAUUAUCUUAUAGUGCAGAUCUUGUAAAAAAAGAAUCAUACCCUCUACAUUUUGACCUUGUACUUGUAAAAUUUACAAAUAAGGGAAUAAGCAUUUCUCUAGUUCUCCUUUUAUUAUUAAAGCUUUAGCACUUCUUUAGUCUUCGCUGUUAAAUAAUGUAUAGUGGAAUAUUGUUACAGUUUUAACUGCUGUUGGUCGCGUAGACUUUAAUAUUAUUAUUCUAAAAAAAUGAACAAAACAGGAAAGAAUUAAUGUAAAGCUGUUUCAUGGCAAGUAUUUUUUCAAAUGAAGAUUUUUACAAGUUAAACAGUGCAGCUUGACUGUGCCAAACAUAUCUUGCUUCACUUGUGGAGCUUAAGUAUAACCAUGCAUAGAAGGUACAUCUGGGUUUUAUCCCUUCUUUUGUACUUGGCUAUGCUCUUAUAAAGUCUCGCCUCACAGAUAAUCACCACGUACACACAUACCUUGUUGCUAAUACUGACUGCAAGGUCAUUCUAGGUCUUGGAGAGGCCAUACGUGUAAUAAAGAAUCUAUACAUUUGUGGAAAACUGGUAUCAACUGAGGUUUAAACAGUAGAACCUAAUACUAUUCAGUUAACUGAUAUGUAGAACUAGUCUUACUUAUGAAUUUUUUCCCAUGUAAAUAAGCAAGGGCCUUUAGGUGGUCUGUUUCCUAUCUUUUCUUUGUUCUACUUCCCUAACGUCUCUGAUCAAAACAGUAAAAAGAGAAAUUAUAUCUCUCAAGUUACAUAACAAAGAACAGCUAUUUUUUGACUUACAGAAAACAAGAAAAAGAAUUUUGGUGUCACCUCGAAGCAACCCUUUGUAAUCAAACGUCCCUUUGUAGUACUCUUUUUGCAAUUCUUGCCCAUAAUGUUUGUGACAAUUUACCUGCAAAAAAUGCCAUUCCUUUGUUGGUUGCCUUUUCAAGCCAUCCUAAUUCAGGAUGCACGUGAAGGGGGUGGGGAAAGUUCCUGUUUCUCACGAACCUGGCUUUAGUAUAACCAAAGAGAAAACGUUUUUUAAGGUGUGAAUGCUGUAUAAUAAGAACUAAUCACUCUGUUCCUUUCCUAAGACUAAAAGGAGCUGUGUCACAAAAUUUAUUGAAAUUCAAACUGUAGGAACUGCCACUAAAUUGAGUGUAAUAUGAAAAUAACCACAUGAAACGUUAAAAAAGGUAUUUACACCAUAAAUAACACAGAAGGAGGCAAGGAUGGGAAAACUUGAAGAAGAUUGAAACGGAUUGCAAUAAUAGAGGUUUUUGAAAAAUUGUUAGCCUAACAGUUUUUCAAGGUUCAUUUUUCUUGUUUGCAGCGUUUGAUAUAAAUCUAGGGAGACAUAUUUGUAGGACACAAAGCUGUGAUUUUGUCAUUCACAAGUAAUUUCUCAAGUUCUGAUUGUGAAUAACGACGAGUAAUAACAAAAUGAACCACCCAGUCAUGGCACAGCCUCUUUAACUGCAGGACAUGAACAGUGUUGAUGUUUCUUAGUUUCUUAGUUUUCAAAAAACUUCAAAUGGAGGCUGUUCAUAAAUCGACUGUCUGUGAGUUUUAGUGUAGGUUACUUCAAGAUUAAGGCACCAUAUUUUUGUACUGUUAGUGGUGAAGUAGCAGCGAUCCCUGUUGUGAAUCAUAAAAAGCCUUUCAAAGUAAAUAAAUAAUAUAGUGGUUAAGUGGAGGUUUUUACCAAUAUUAUUAAAUGAGUAAUUUUGUUAUUGUUAACAAAGUAAUGUAUCAUACGAACUAUACGUUAUAAAUAUAUAUAU